AUGAGCACUCUGCCUAUCCAGGGAGCUGAGGGAGGGAUGCUGGAUCAUGAUGACUUCCAGCAUCUGACCUCUUUCAAAUGGGAAUCUUUGCUUCGCCUAGCGAACGUAGCCGGUAUAACUAGCGUUGUCGCCAUGCUUAAGGACACACCUGAGCGGCUACAGCGUGUAGCCACUCCAGGACUUUGUCAACCGCGAGCACGCCGAUUUGCGUCGGCGAGCCUCAACUCCCGCGGUUGCCACAGGGAGUGGGUGCUGGGCAAGCUUGUGGCCGAUCCGGGAUAUUUCCUGGACAUGAAGGCCCUCAAGGACGACCUGAGCCUGGCGUUUGAGUCUCCGCAGGAUGAGCACCACCACCUCUCGGCUUUCUUGGCACUGAAGCAGGGUCGUCUGUCAAUGCUGGACUAUAUCCAGCAAGCAAGACACCUGCGUCCAGUAUCGUCACCAAUCUGA